AUGAUUAAGUUGUUCAAAGUAAAGGAGAAGCAAAGGGAACUUGCUGAGAAUGCCAAUGGAAAAGGCCAUGUGAAAAAGCAAAGUGCUGGGGAGCUACGUCUUCAUAAAGACAUUAGUGAGCUGAACCUACCUAUGACAUGUAUCAUCUCUUUCCCUAAUGGCAAGGAUGACCUGAUGAACUUUGAAAUCACCAUUCGACCAGAUGAAGGAUAUUACUUAGGGGGUGCAUUUCUAUUUUCUUUCCAAGUUUCCCAUAUUUACCCGCAUGAACCCCCAAAAGUCAAGUGCAAGACCAAGGUUUAUCAUCCUAAUAUCGACUUGGAGGGGAAUGUCUGCCUCAAUAUACUCCGUGAAGAUUGGAAACCCGUCCUUAACAUCAACACUGUUAUCUACGGAUUGUAUCACCUUUUUACCGAGCCAAACUAUGAGGAUCCUCUCAAUCACGAUGCGGCUGCAGUGCUGAGAGAUAAUCCAAAGAUGUUUCAAUCAAAUGUACGGAAGGCUAUGAUGGGUGGAUAUGUGGGGCAGACGCACUUCCAGCGGUUGUCAUCUUUCGACCAUUUCUUUACAGCUGGGACAUCAGUGUGCAAAAUGUAUGCUAUGACUUACUGA